UCCAAUCAGUGAAAGAAGACAGACGCCCUAUUUUGCGGCCCGACUGUAAUGGGAAGAUUGUUCAACCAAUUUCAGGACAAAAAUUGGCUGUGAAGAACACGAUUUGGCUGCAGCAGAUCCACAGAGAGGAGGCUGUUCACGUUUCACCGCUGGUGCAAGACAAUGGAGACAGAAAUCGAGCAGCAGGAAGAAGAGACCACGUUCAGCAACACUGACACUAACGGUAAACGCCCUGCCGAGGACAUGGACGAGGAGCAGGCCUUCAAGCGCUCUCGCAACACAGACGAGAUGGUUGAGCUGCGGGUACUGCUGCAGAGCAAAAAUGCUGGAGCCGUUAUCGGAAAGGGUGGCAAGAAUAUAAAAGCCUUACGCACAGACUACAAUGCCAGUGUAUCAGUCCCUGACAGCAGUGGCCCAGAGCGGAUCCUGAGUGUGAGUGCAGAUAUUGACACUAUCGGAGAGAUUCUGCUGAAGAUCAUCCCUACUCUGGAAGAGUACCAGCAUUAUAACGGGAUUGAUUUUGACUGCGAGCUGCGUUUGCUGAUCCAUCAGAGUUUGGCCGGGGGAAUCAUCGGGGUGAAAGGUGCCAAGAUAAAGGAGUUAAGAGAGAACACCCAGACCACCAUCAAGCUGUUCCAGGAGUGCUGUCCUCAGUCCACUGACCGUGUGGUUCUGGUUGGAGGGAAGCCAGACCGUGUUGUUGAAUGCAUCAAAGUUAUCCUGGACUUGGUAUCUGAGGCUCCUAUCAAAGGGCGCGCCCAGCCCUAUGACCCCAACUUCUACGACGAGACGUAUGACUACGGCGGCUUCACCAUGAUUUACGAAGAGCGGGGCCGGCGGCCCAUGGGGGGCUUCCCCAUGCGGGGCAGGGGGGGCUUUGAACGCAUGCCCCCCGGCCGCGGGGGCCGACCUAUGCCCCCCACCAGACGGGACUAUGACGACAUGAGCCCUCGUCGGGGACCGCCGCCUCCCCUGCCAGGUAGAGGAGGGCGUGGAGGGAGCCGGGCUCGAAACCUGCCCCUCCCCCCACCACCACCCCCAAGAGGAGGAGGGGACCGGUUCUCCCACCAGAGUUAUCACGGCAACAUGGACGACAGACCAAACAGCGACAGGAGAGGAAGACCAGGAGACCGCUACAACAGCAUGAGUGGUGGAUAUGGUGACAACAAUUCCUCGUGGGAGCCCUUUCAGUCUGGUGGCCGAGGGUCAUACAGUGACAUCGGGGGUCCUGUCAUCACAACACAAGUGACCAUCCCCAAAGAUCUGGCCGGCUCCAUCAUCGGGAAGGGCGGCCAGCGGAUCAAGCAGAUCCGUCACGAGUCGGGAGCGUCCAUCAAGAUAGACGAGCCACUAGAGGGCUCAGAGGACCGCAUCAUCACCAUCAAUGGAACACAGGACCAGAUCCAGAACGCCCAGUAUCUACUGCAGAACAGGCACGUGCUAGCACCCUUUCCUCUUCUCCGGUGAACGCAGUAUGGUGGAAACCUAUUCAACUCGUCACCUAUCAGUGUGUGAAGCAGUACUCUGGUCGGUUCUUCUAAACAGGGAAGUGGAGUGGAGCCAAACUGCCAUGCCCAUUCUCUCCCUCAGAGCCAACAUUCCCCUGCUUUGGGUAGAUGUGCUCUCCCCCGGUCAUUUAACACACUUUUAAUUAGAAGAAGUUUGGAAAUUCUCUCAAAGCUGUCGAAUGAAUCCCUGUUAUUUUUUGCGCUGCUUGUUUUUUGUUUUUUUUCUGGAUUCUUGUGCUGUUCUGUACUUGGAGUAAACUCAUGUGUUCUCUCUCCGCCUCCCCUGAGCCACUCCUCCCCCAGUCAGUACAGCAUGCAGAAUGUAAUCUUGUUUUGUAAGGAACAUUUUAUGAUUAAAAAAAUAAAUGUAG